GGGCGGAGCGGGCACCGCUCGGGGCGGCACCGCGACACCGCCCGGCAUCGUGUGCCCGCCGGUCCCAGCGCGGGCCCGGGGGAGGGCCGGGACAAUGAGGCACAGCGGCCCGGCCCCUGCGGCACAACCACGCUGUCCCCGCCAACGGGGAUGGCACGGCCCCGCUGCUGCACUGGUGCCCGUAGGAAAGCGAGGCUGCGAGUUCGCUUCUGCCGCCUCGAGCGACUGCAGAUAAGAUUUUGAUCCAUGCAAUAAUAAAAGUUCUAUCCACAACGACAAAACAAUGGCAUUCAUAUUCUACAUWAACUGGAUAUGGAGACUACAGAAAAGUGCAAACUGUCAGACUGGAUGAAAGCCCAAAUGAAUAAUUCAUUUUCAGAUGCAUUAGUCURUAGCACAGAUGCAACUGAAGAGGAACAAGAUGACUUAGUUCAUGAUGGAGAUACAGRAACAAGGUGUAAAUACAGCAUUAAUUCAGAUAACUUCAAUGACUGUACUUGUACAAAAUAUAUUUCUGGUAUUUUAAACUUAGCCUGUUCUGAAGAUAACAAAAACAUAAAAACAGCAGCCAAUUAUGAAACUCAUCCACAGUCUGAAGAAUUCUCCAGUCACGACCGAGGCACCAGAGGAACAACUGGUGUUUCAGCUGAAAUGCCUGGAAGUGAAGCUUCCUUCAAGAAGGAAUUACCUGUUGGUAGUUGUAGCAAAGAACAUAUAACUACCUCCAAAAUGUCCAGUGUCCUCCUGCGUCAUUUUCCUAGGGGAGAGUUACUAAGCACAUGCCACCUAAUUGAAUGUGARACGAUACCAGAGACAUCCUUUACUGAAAGUGUCGAUGACACUGGGAGCAAACCUGAGCCUUCAGAACGCAUCAAAGGCCUUUCAGUGCAUGAACAAUGGGACACGAGCUCUGACGAGUACCCCUUAGAAAAGCACAGGGAAGUAAAAACUGGGGACAAAAACGAAAACUCAUUUAAUGAAAAURGAUCUGUUCCAAAGAAACCUAUUUUUUCUUCUGGUAAAUGUGGGUGCAGACAAGAAUAUUCACAAUUGAUUAAUGAGACUGAAGAUACACACACCUUUCAAAACGUGAAAGAUGAGAGAGCCCUGUUUACAGUUUCACCUUGUGAGCUCAAAUAUGGCCGAGGGCAAGCUCACUAUUGUCUUCCUGACUUCUCUGAAGUUACUUCAGAAGUUAAAGUACCAAAAAGAACUGACAAUAUUAACUCAGUUCCUUCAACUGGGAGAGCAAAACCCUUCCCUAUUUUGCUAAGUAAAUCAGUAACUGUGAACAACAUUCUGGAAAAUAARAAUUACUUCAAUUCUGCUGAAGUAGAGAACCARGAAGAAAUGAGUGUUUCAGAACUGCUGCAACAGCUACAGAUGCUGACACAGCAUGCUGACACCCAGAAUCAUAUUGAUCAUCUGAGAUUUAAUCCUAAGAUACUUCCUCAGUCAGACUUUGCCAUUUUCUCAGGAGACACUGGGACACCACCUGAUGUCAUCACAUUACAGGCUCCUAUCCCUGUACAACCUACACAUGGUUUGCCUAAAGCAAGAGUGCAGCCUGGAACAGCAGCAUCAGCACUACCAGCAGCAGGAACAGUAGAUGCACAGUGUCUAAAUCCUACUGRUUCCCUGGCAGAACUAACACUAGGAGAAAAGAUGUCUCAAAUACUAAAGGAUCAGACAGAUCAACUGACUAAAAAAGUGGAAGACUUCUCUAACCAUAUGACCCAGGAAACAUUGUUUUCACAAGACAAAUAUCAGGCAUUAAAUCAACUGAAAAGAUACCUUGAUGCCUUGGAAAGGAAUUACUUAACAGCUAGAGAAAAGCACCACAACUUACAGCUGCACAACUACAAGGACAAGCCUAUCAACCUUGGAGAGUUUGAUCCUGAGAGAAGGGUGGAAGGAGGAAUAUUCAGACUUGGCAUGCUCCUUGAAGACAUUCAAGAACAAAUGGAUGACAGCAAAGGCAGCCUGUCAUCUUUGCUGACUUCCUAUGAAUCUGCCCAGUCUUUUUGUGAGAGCUCGGUAGUUUCAAGCAUUGCUGAUCCUCCGCGAAGAGGAACUGAAACUCCAUUUCUUCACAAGAACCAUGAGGGAGAAAGAAGUCAGACAACUGAUAUAAUCCCACCAACAAAUCAGCUUUCUUCAGAAGGCAAAAAGUGCCAUCUUUGUCUUCAUAUAAAUACCCAGGAAAGAAAAACUGGAACAUCUUCACUCUUCAUGCGAAGAAAACCAACUGAUUUAUCAGAUACCAACCUGAGCAGUGAUCCAGAAGACUUCUCAGCCUAURAUUCUUACGAUUCACAAAGCAACAACCUGGUCAGCUGUGACACUCUAAGUUACAAAUCCUUAAAUAUGAGAUUAUGUGGAGAAAGAAGAGGAUUUAGAUGCAGAUGCCCCAGGGGAAGAAGAGAUCAAGUAAAACUCAGGAAUUACAAAGAGUCUGUUCAGUCUUGCACUCUAUGUAGAAAUAAAAGUCCUGGUUCAUCCUCUUAUUCACGGAAGAGAAUCUCCACUCAAAAGGCUCAAAAAACCAAACAGCCAUGUGAAGUUGUAACCAGACUUUGUGAGAGGAAAUCCUUUGAGGCUGCCAAAACCUGCUGUUCAAGCACAUGUGAUAAAAUUAUCCUUUCACAUCAAUACGUACCCAGUAAGAAAUGUGCCCGAAGCAAAUCUGCAAUCAACAUCAGAAACAGAAGUGCCAAUGAUUCCUAUGCAAAUAUUUUAAGUUCUAUGCUGGAUCAUGCCAUCCACACAGCAAACAGUUUGAAGAAAGCUACAGAACGAAUGGUACAAGCAGUUUCAGAAGAUCUAGCUAAAGUUAAAAGACAACAGUUUUAAUUACCUAAUUCAAAUCCUAUAUUGUUCAGCUGGUUCAUACUGAAGUGUUGGUAUCUCUACAAAAAUAAAACRGUUAAUUCAAACAUCAAAAAGCCAGCUAACUUUGUCAGCUGUUCUGUACCUAUUGGUACAAAGCAGAGUAUAUAGGCAUUCCACGUUUACACUUAGAACUGUAAAACAAGGUAUUAACUCUAUUGGAAAUCUUUAGUGGGUUGGCAAAUCCUCACUACUGUGUACAGAUACCCUCUUWAAGUAUUCACUUAAUAUAGCUUAAUAAAAACUGGCUGAAACAAGCAAAAUCAACUUCCUGACUUUGAUUCUCCCCACCUCCCAAGUGUGAGAAUAAAUCUCAGUCAUUAMUACAGAUCAUUUCUUCCCACGCUUGAACAGCAGCUGCCUAAGCACACCAAAAGAAAACAGCCUCUUGUACCUGAGACAUCUGGACACAAACAUCAUGCUAACGUGCCAAGUCAUAGCCAACAUUCAUAAUUAUUUGGUUUUAGAGUGCCUGACAUUGAGAGGUGUUUGUUUUUAAGAAACUUCCUUGCAUGUUACAAUGACUGAGUUACACCAUUUGUUGUUUGUGUAUUUGUAACAAUUAAAUAGGUUCCUUCAAUGUGAUGCCCCUAACGUGGCUUUGAGAUUUUAGCAGAUGGUAAGUAGGUUGGAAAAUUUUAAAACACCAUAGAAAUUAA